CAUUAAGGAAAAGGAAAGAGAACCAAUUACUGCUUCCAAUCUCUCUCUCUCUCUCUACUCUUUCGAUCUACCCUUUCCACGUUUCUGACAACCUUUUUUUUUCUGUCAGAACAUUCCAAAUCUGUUUCAUUGGUUCUCAGUCUAAUCCAUAUAAAAAUGGUUAUUUUCAGCAACAGAUGAAUUAUCCUAGACAGAGGGCUAAAACAAUCCCUCCAACAUAUUGAAUACAAGGUUAUUCACAUACCCAUCAAAUCGUUCAAAUCGUUAGAUGUUUUACACCCCUGCAGAUUAAUGUCCCCAUUCAUCAAUGAGUAUUUGAUUUGUGGAGUCUGUUACUUGGAUUUUGUAAUUGUAGGGAAGCUAGAGGAAACACCAAGAUUAGAUAUUGUUCACAAACAUAUACUCAAUGAAUAAUUUAAUUGCUGGAUCAUUUGGUUGAUAAUAUGUAAGGGAUGGUAUCAACUACGCUAAUGAAGCUUGUGGCACCGUGUUGGAAACCUUCUGUUGAGGGUGAAAAUUCUAAUAAUAGAGGCGGGGAUGUGAGUGGUCGGCUUGAUGGUUUGUUGUGGUACAAAGAUUCAGGACACCAUGUUAACGGGGAUUUCUCAAUGGCGGUAAUUCAGGCAAACAAUUUGUUGGAAGACCAUAGCCAACUUGAAUCAGGGCCACUGAGCUCGCUCGAAUCAGGUCCUCAUGGGACAUUUGUUGGAAUUUAUGAUGGACAUGGAGGUCCAGAAGCAUCCCGGUUUUUAAAUGAGCACUUGUUCAACAAUUUUAAGACUAUUCAUGGUGCAGAAUUCACAUCAGAGAAUCAGGGAAUGUCCGCUGAUGUUAUCACCAAAGCAUUUUUGGCAACUGAAGAGGAAUUCCUCUCUCUAGUAAAGAAGCAGUGGAUAAUUAAGCCACUGCUUGCUUCUGUUGGUUCAUGUUGUUUGGUAGGCGUAGUAUGUAGUGGGCUGCUAUACAUAGCAAAUGCGGGAGAUUCUCGGGUGGUUUUAGGAAGACUGGAAAAGACCGUUAAACAGGUAAAAGCUGUUCAGUUAUCAAUCGAACACAAUGCAAGUAUAGAAUCUGUGAGAGAGGAACUGCACUUGUUGCAUCCCGAUGAUCCACAGAUUGUGGUACUAAAGCACAAGGUGUGGCGCGUGAAGGGUUUGAUACAGGUUUCAAGGUCCAUUGGCGAUGCCUACCUGAAGCGGCAAGAAUUUAACAAAGAACCUCUAUUGGCAAAGUUUAGACUAUCAGAACCCUUCCACAAGCCAAUCCUUAAAGCUGAGCCAACAAUAUUAGUCCAAAAACUCUACCCUGAAGAUCAGUUUCUCAUAUUUGCAUCAGAUGGCCUAUGGGAGCAGUUAAGCAGUCAAGAGGCAGUUGACAUUGUCCAGAACUAUCCGCGUAAUGGUAUUGCAAGGAAACUUGUCAAAGCUGCGCUUCACGAAGCAGCCAAGAAGAGAGAAAUGAGAUACUCCGACUUAAAAAAGAUCGACCGAGGGGUGAGGAGACAUUUUCAUGAUGAUAUCACAGUGGUAGUGCUGUUCCUGGAUUCGCAUCUGGUCAGUCGUAGCUACUGGCAUGGGCCUCUGCUUUCAGUUAAGGGAGGUGGCGGUGUCCCUGCCAGCACCUAGAUUGGGAGGUUCAGAACUUCAGAUGAUCUAUCACUCAAGCCCCUGGUUUCUUCGUUUGUACUAAGAAACAAAAAGCUUUUGUUUUCUUUACAAAGAGGAGAGUUAAAGGCAGAAUUUUGGGUCUUUUUUUACAUCUUUUCUUUUUUCUCCUUCUUCUGAUGUAUAGCUGUGCUUCAUGAAUUUUUUUAUUUGUUUUAUUUUUACAUAAGGCCACAAGAAAUUUCAGUAUAGAUGGAAAGUCAAUGACUAGAAAACAGACUUAACCCGCCAUUGGGGCAUGACAUAUUUUUCA